GUGUUCAGGCGUUUCGUGGAGGUUGGCCGGGUGGCCUACGUCUCCUUUGGGCCUCAUGCCGGGAAGCUGGUCGCAAUUGUAGAUGUUAUUGAUCAGAACAGGGCUUUGGUUGAUGGACCGUGCACUCAGGUUAGGAGACAGGCUAUGCCUUUCAAGUGCAUGCAGCUCACUGACUUCAUCCUCAAAUUCCCACACAGUGCCCGCCAGAAAUAUGUCCGACAAGCCUGGCAGAAGGCAGAUAUCAAUACAAAAUGGGCCGCCACAAGAUGGGCCAAGAAGAUUGAAGCCAGGGAAAGGAAAGCCAAGAUGACAGAUUUUGAUCGUUACAAAGUCAUGAAGGCAAAGAAAAUGAGGAACAGAAUAAUCAAGCUUGAAGUUAGGAAGCUACAAAAAGCAGCUCUCCUGAAAGCGUCUCCUAAAAAAGCACCUGCCGCGAAGGGUGCGGCUGCAGCAGCUGCUGCUGCGAAGGUUCCAGCCAAAAAGAUGGCCGCAGCAGGCAAAAAGGCCCCAGCCCAGAAGGUUCCUGCCCCGAAAGCUGCAGGCCAGAAGGCAGCACCUCCAAAGGCUCAGAAGGGUCAGAAAGCUCCAGCCCAGAAAGCACCUGCUCCAAAGGCAUCUGGCAAGAAAGCAUAAAAAGCAUAAGAGGCUAUUAAAAACAAUAAUAAAGGUUCUUUCUGA